AUGUUAGUCAAUGCUGAGCAUGUUCCUUCACGCCUUCCUUACACUUCUUAUAGUAAGCGAGAGAAGGAAGAAGCCAAAGGGUCGAUUACUCCCACCUCCAUUUUUAUUUUUCUUUCUAGGCAGUCUCCCAAAAAUUUUUCCAAAAAAAUUUUUUCAGAAGGUCCCUAUGUCGGUCCAAGCGGAAUUGCUUACUCUCUUUUACGCGUCACACAAAUAAACAAAAAUUUGGAUUUAACAAAACAAACAAAAAAUAUUUUGGAAACACAAUCGAAAAUUUCUUCAAAUUCUUCAAAUAAAAGUAAAUAUUUGAAUGGACGUGCCGGUUUUUAUUUAAUUAAAUUUUUGGCUAAUUUAAUUGAUUUGGACAAUUUUAAAAGAAAAAUUGGGAAAUUAAUUGAAUAUGUUGUUGAUGAAACUGAGGAUAAUGAAAUACUUAAUGGGAGAGCUGGGUUUUUGGCUGGAUUUUUGGUGUUGAGGUAACUGAGGUUUUUCUGAAGUUUAAGUUUAAUUAGGAGUUGGGAAAAUUUUUAAUAAAUAAUAAAUUGGGUACUAGUGUCGUUUCCAGACCCCAUUUUUUCCUCCACUUACUAUAUACGGAAACUUGGGGAGAAAAAAAUGGGGCCGGGAAACGACACUAUUUAUCACCAAAAAUUGAUUGGCUCCUGAAAGUGAAGGAAAUUUGUCAAGUUUUUUCCUCCAUUUUCCCUGGGUUUCCCCCUAUUUUUAUUUAAAGUCAAAAGGAAAAUUAGGGGAAUUUUUGACGAAUUCUCUAACAAUUUUUUAAAUCACUUUCGGGUCUGUCUAUUUUUUUUGUCAUUCUCAUUUUCGGCAAGGAUCCCUAAAAUGCUUGAAUUGCUUACUCUCUUGCUACUCCAGAGCUAUUGCUACUCCAGAGCUAUUGCUUACUC